AGAAUGCACCCAGUAGGGAGCGCACUUUCCAAACUUGGUGGAAUCUGUGGUUUUCUUCUGGAAAACUUCUAUGCCUCUAGUGUUGCUCAGCGCUGCUGGGGAGAUGAAACGUCACUAAAAAAAUAGGCUAAAUCUUUCAAUCAGAGGCGUUGAAAUCAAAUUAACCUAAUUUAAAAUAAAUCAUAGAAAGUUCGCUCUCAUUGUAAAUAGUUAUUCAUGGCGCAUCUUUACUGAAAAUAAAUGUUUACGUUUUUAUUGCUCUUAUGAAUAUAAAAUGUUUAGGUCAAACUUAUAUUAGUCAGAAUCAGUGAAUUAUUUAAAGUUAUUUGCAUAAACAAGAGCCUUAGGGAGACUAUUUUAAUUUUCAAUUUCUCCUUUUUUACGCGCCUACUUGGUCAAUAUUAUGUAAAUCUAUAUACUUACAAUUCCCAAGCAUAAAUCGUGAAGGACACAUGCAUGAGUUUGUUGUUUCUUAUCGUGGAUUACAGAUGUGCUAUUGGAAAGGACUUUUGUGUGAGAUUUCAAUUUUACAUUUUUUGCCCCUUUUUUUCUUGUCGUAAGUGACAUUUCCCAUCAUGCGGGACGAUCCUUUGAAAGAGGAGAGGAGCUUCCUAGGUGGGCUGGGCGCGCAGGUAAAGAGGGGCUUAAAUGUGGAGGGAGUUGCGUUUGCUCUGAACAGGCUUUUCCACAUUUGCGCUCGAUGGUCGCAAACCUGGAGCUCGAUCUGUGCGUAAAACGCGUCAGUGAGCAGUUGGGACCGUCCAAGUUUGCAAACUUUCCACUCUUGAGAAAGUGGGGGCAGCAGGCUGCUGCAGGGCGCAUCGCCACAUGUAGGUCAAUGGCAGGGACCUCUUCAUGAAGCUUUUCGCUACUUCCACGUGUGUGCGUAAACUGUCUUAAAAUGUUGCAUGGCCAGAGUAUUUUAUACUAGGAUAAAAUUCUGUUGUGGAUUGAUCAUAGAUGUCCGCUCGGCUGGACGGAGGCCUGCAGGAGGAGGAGACCACAGCAGAUGUUUUCAAAUCCAUAGAGGUUUUUGACGUGACAGGUCCUGACGGAUGUGACAGGCAGCUCUGCGGCCCCGGAGGGAAUGAAGACGCUCUGUCCCCGCAGGGCCACCAGCACAAGCCACGCAAGAUGACUCGGAGUCCCAAAUGCGCCCGCUGUCGCAACCACGGCGUCGUGUCGUGCUUGAAAGGCCACAAGCGCUUCUGCCGCUGGAGGGACUGUCGCUGUGCCUGCUGCCUGCUGGUAGUGGAGCGGCAGCGCGUCAUGGCAGCGCAGGUCGCGCUACGGAGGCAGCAAGCCGCGGAGGUGAGAAGAGUGCCAGGACAGAGCAAAAGAGGGGUCAAGUGUGCAGCUCCGCUGAGGAGAGCAGCAUACCAUUGUUACUCCAGAGCAGCCGAGCCGAGCAUCAUGACCAAGAAGACGCUGCAGGGGCUCAAACCAGCAAUGCCUCCAGAGGUCAGCACGUCCAGCUGGUCGAAGCAGCCACAAAGGGACCACUUUCCGUGUGCCUCAAUCAGCGCCCGCAUGAGGAAGAGGCGGGCUUUUGCCGAUAAGGAGCUGGAGAACACCAUGCUGCAGCGAGAGCUGAGGCAGCGAGAGCUGCAGAAUGAUUAUUCUUUCUCCGCCUGCACACUCUUCCCGAUGCUGCACCUCCCAGCUCUGCCAGUCUCCUCUAGCCUCCCCGGUUACCCUCCCAAUAAGGGCCCUUCGUCUGCAGGGAUCUCCAGCUGUUUGCCUGUGUAUAAAUACAAGCCUCUUUAUGAGAGUGGCCUUCAGUUUAAUGAGUUCUUCCACCUAAAGAGCAGGUCCUUCACAGGAGGUGACUCUAAUGAUAUCUUGUUAUGCCAAACCUAUGAGCAACUCCAGGAGGAAAAGAAAGUUCAGAGUGCUUCCAAAGACAGAGGGAAAAUCCAGCCAGAGGUCACUCCUCUUCCACAACAACUCAUGAAUGAGGACAGUGUCAUGUUGUGUGAACGCUCUGCAAAAACUCUUUUGAAACUGACAGAAAUCGUGGCGUUUGCCGAUUCUUCAGCACAUCCAAGCUCCAUUUGCGGAUCAGAUCAGGCUGUCCCGAGUGAACUAGACAUCAGUUCACCCAGCAGGAUUUUUGAUCCAAGACCUGCGACAGCCAGCAGCUGGAAUUCAGACACUACUAACAGCCAGACAGGUCUUCACGCUGACACUGUCAAGAGCCCUCUCAGCGGCUCGGUGAGGACACCCACCAUGAGGCCAUUACCCUUCUCUGUGGAGGCUCUGCUGAGGGCCUGACAGGAAAAACAGGAAACUACGUUUAUUGCACUUUGUUAUGUAUGUACUUGAAUCUAAUGCUAUGAAUACAAUAUUUCUAAUUUGAUAAAAUCUUUUAGUAAAAAGUCAGAUGCUUGAUAUAUUUUCUUAUUUCCUUAAACAUAUCAGCUCAUUUUAGUCUUGCAUUUUUAUGUACGAGCCUGAUUUCAUCAUGUUUUAACAAUUGUUUCCUCGUCUAGUCAUAAUUUUCGCUUCCUCAUGCAAAGGCAAGGCACAGAAUAGCAAUAAAGAAGACUUGAUUAAAAAAAUAGCAAGUAAAUCUUGUAAAAUCAAAACUAGUGUCUUGUUUGUGUUGACCAAAAUCUUAGAUGAGAGAAGACACGUUUACUGAAGCGGUACUGAAAGAUUCAUGUUUGUUUUCUUCUAAAUGUACACAUUUAUUUUUCCUCAAUGUAGCUCAUCAUUAUUACAUCCCCCAAAUCUACUAAACAUACCAAACACCAACUAAUAUCUCGCAAAGUGUAGUUUCACUUCAAUAAACUGAGGGAAGAUGAAGGAAUUUCACCAAAGGAGCUAGCAGGGGGAGCCAGUGUUGCCUAGGCGACAUUGUUCUUUAUUGUAUGCUGAGGCUGACGCCAGUUGAGUUUGUUUGAACAUGCAUUUGAUCUAUAUCCACCUUCUUACUCUUCCUUUCCUCCAGGUUUUUGUUCUGCUCUGUAAUCUCGCAGAGAUGGAGGUCAGAUACAUUUGACAGCUCUGGACCUCGUGGCGUCAACACGGAGGCGAUAGCACGCUCUUUGUUUGUGAAUCCCUACCAGCAUAUCACAGUGCCUCUUUUUUGUUUUUUUGUUUUUACUGACAAGGGAGGCAGAUUGGCACAAAGGGAGAUUAGGUUUUGUGCAUGAAUACUCUGUGUGUCAUUGUGUGUCACUGUGCACUAUCUGUGUCAGCUUUACAACAUUCUGAACCUCCAAGUGGUGUACAAGUUGUUUUCAGCAUGUGACGGAGAGAUAUGCAUCAAUCACAGGUGUUAUAAUGACUCCUGCAUAAAAUAACCCAAAGGACAUAAAUCAACCUCUUGUCACAUUGAAAAACAAAACAAAAGGGAAAGCUAAUUUAUCCACUUCCUCCGUAUUUCAUGCUGGAGGGUCUUCAGACGGUUUCUUCGGUGCCCCUUCUCUGAAUGCCAAUCACGUUCCUCUGCUCUUGUUAGGAUCCUGCCAAGGACAGAUUAGCCUUAUUGUUCUUUUCUUCCAGGAUAGACCUGGUUCUAUCUAUCGCCCCUUUAUUAGCAUUUUCCUUCCUGGGUAGUAAAGGGUGAAAGAAAAGGGCCAUAUGGGGUGAUAUUGGAUUCAGGUAGACUGCUGACAAAGCAGUGUCAACAGGCUAAAUAGUGUUUUUUUUCUUUCAACAGAGCCCAGACUCCUUCCUCCAGUUUUUAGUCCUCUACGCUUUUGUCACAGAUGAUGCACUACUGUACAUUCUGCAAAAUUCUAUUGUCAAAACCAUUGAUUUCACCCUAUGCAGGGCAGAAAAAAAA